UCCAGACCCUUUAUGUGGUCAGCUAGCAGCAAAGCCAGACCACCGCAACUCACUUGGGUGUUUGUUUUCUUUCAUUAUUGCCCCGAUUCAGGGCAAAUACGCUUCAACUCGGAAAAGAUGUCUCAACACGUUUUCAUGAUUCUCGCGCCGGCCAGCUGCGACUUGACACCCAAGUGUCAAGAUGAGCACGUUUGACGCUGCCCCUUGAGCGAUGCUGACACUGGCGCGCUCAUGUCAGCGGUUUGCUAACCCGAGCUCUUGGUACUGUUUAGGGCAAACCGCCCAAUACUCUGCAAUAUGUUCCCUGAGCGGCUGGCAGAGGCGCUGUGAUCGCUUGGAGGGGCUGCUGAGAAGAGUCAAGUGCCCUCGCCUGGAGGAGUUUGAAGUCGAUGGCACCACCUAUCGGCUUCCGGUCAGGAUGGCUGCUCCGGCGAUGCAACCUUCAAAUACGGAACUUGAAUAUUUGCGUGGAUUUUUUGAUGGAGACGGUUGCGUCACCAUGUUCAUGCGAGAUGGGUGCAUACGCCUCAUGGUUUCACAAGCACUCGAUGGAGCUGGCGUUCUGGUUCGAUUUCGACAGAUGUUGGGCGGGGGGAUCUAUCGUGAGCGUGAUGCCACAGGCCUCCACCAAGCAUCGUUGAAAUGGCAAGCAUCCAGCACUACCGGAAUCCAAGCCGCGGGUUUGCUUAGUAGCUUGCCAUCCAUGAAGCAAGCACAACUCAAUGUUGCAGUGCAGGGGCCCAUUCCAACCCAACUACGAGCUGGGGUAGCUUCAAACCUCACUUUACUGAAGCAGUGUGAUCACACACCUAGCGCGGUCCUGGCAUGCUCUUGGUCAUAUGCCGCGGGAUUUUUUGAUGCAGAAGGAAGCAUUUCCGUUCGGGCUACGGAUGCCCAUUUGUGUUUGUCUUUGUCGCAAGUGAACCCUUACAUUCUCAAGAUUCUUCAUGCCUUCUUGCGGUCACAAGGCUUCAACCGAUGGGUCCUUUGUGAAGGCACUCAUCGAUGGGACUUGAGAUGUACCCACUUCAGUCAAGCUGUCCAGUUCUUGGACAAGCUGCUGUCACAUGGGCUGAUGCGAAAGAGACGGCAAGCCGAGCUGAGUAUGGCGUUGACCUUGCAGAAUCACCAUGAGAUCCGAGAAGCUGUGUCCAAUUUGAAUGGAAACCAAGGUGUCUACCGCAGGCUUGAUGAAGCAGGCGCUGCCCGCGCCAAAGAAAUCAAGCAGAUACAGGGACUGUUGAGGCGCCGACGGACCGCCCUCAAGCCCAAUCAAGCCGUUAUUGCUGAAAUGGAUGCAAAGCUGCAAGGCCUUCAAGAAGAACAUGCCAAGCAGAAUUUGAUAUCAAGAUGCUACAAGCUGCGUAUUCAACUUCGGCGGCUGCUAAGCCAAGGUGCUACAAUCGGGCCCCUGAUAAUGAGGGCCUGAAAAAGCCCUAAUUCAGCUGCAGUCCGCACCUAGAAGUCGUGCAGCACUAGGACUGCACUCAUAAAGUCGCCAUGGAUUUCUCUUUGACUCUUUGCCGAACGAUGUUUGGACAACGCCAUUGCCAAGCGGAAGGUUACAAGCCCUGGAAAGCCGAAAUUGCAUCCAGCUGCCAAGCUGUUGAGAGAUUAGGCCAACACUCCAUGAUCAGCAGUUGCUUGUAUUGUGCCUCGUGUUUAAACAUGGCUCCACGUUGUUAGACCACUGGAGCUUGUGCGCUUUGAAAUAGGGGCAAUGUGCUGCAUGCUGGACGCAGCUCCACCCCGGUAGCUUACGGAGUCGCAAGGGAACAGGAGUCCAUCAGAAGAACAACCAUCUACCUACUGUAUAUUGUGAGCCUUGUGCAUUCCCGCCAAGUGGUUUCAUGCCCGGCGGAAGGUGGC